CCUAAUUAUUUGACAUUUCUUUUCAACCCAAAAGCGCCGGCAAUUGAUUUGCUUAUUUGGUUACAAAAUUAAUGCACAUCAUAGUAAAAGGAUUGUGGUUGACGAGCUGUAAAAUAUUAAAUUUAUCGGAAAUAAUUAAAUCAACUGUGUUACGGACUGCAACAAUUUCAGCUAAUUCAGUUGUGUGCCACCGCAAAGGAGCAGCUAAAAACAUGGCUGCUGAUAUCAAAUUCAACAGCUCCUUAACGCCCUGCGAUCCUUACUACAAACCCGUUUUGAUCAUUGGGCAACUGCGUCAUUUAAAUUUGCUAAACUUUUCAAAUGUAUCCAGUAAAUUGAACCCACGCGUCGAUGAGACUACUUUCAAAAAUGCCAUUUCUUGUUUACAUCCUUCGCCCACGGACAAAUGCUCGCUUUACUUGGAUUGUGCCACUAUAGCAGCUGUACCGCUCAAGUGUUCACGUCACAAUACACCAUCGCGUGCUCACGCUAUUACUCGCCUUGUUAGAACCCAUAUUAUGCAUUCAAACGAAGAAAAUGUUGUUAUUGUUUGCGAUCGUAGUGACCUUUUUGCUAGUGCCUGUGCCGUAGCGCGUGCCUUUCCGCUGUAUUCUAGAAAAACUGGCGGUGGCCAGAACAAGGCCGAUAAUUGUACCCAAGAUGAUGUUAUGGGUAACGAUGCUGAUGGAGAUACUGGCACUGGUCCAAUAAUAAAUGUAGAAUUUAUUAUCAUCGAAAAGGAUGGCCAAGUUUCGCAAGAGCCACUGGACACAACGGAUAUCGCUUGCAUCGAGGAAGCGGCUCGUGGCAUACGUCUUGCUGCACGUAUCGUAGAUAUGCCAUGCAAUGAGAUGAACGUCAGUCAUUUCAUAAAGGAAGCUGAUCUUGUAGCGAACGAGUUGGGUAUUACACCCAUUGUUAUUCGUGGCGAAGAACUAAAUGAACGUGGUUUCGGUGGGAUAUAUGGUGUUGGUAAGGCAGCUGCUGUGCCACCGGCAUUGGUGGUGCUCUCUUAUGAGCCAAAAGGUGCACAUGAUACUGUAGCAUUGGUGGGCAAGGGUAUUGUUUAUGACACUGGUGGUUUAAGUAUUAAAGGCAAAACUGCCAUGCCGGGAAUGAAGCGUGACUGUGGUGGUGCUGCUGCCAUUCUGGGUGCCUUCUAUGCUGCUGUGAAAUGCGGUUUCAAAGAAAACUUGCACGCAGUCCUGUGCUUAGCGGAGAAUGCAGUUGGGCCCAAUGCAACGAGACCGGAUGAUGUGCACACUUUGUAUUCGGGACGCACAGUUGAAAUUAACAACACAGACGCCGAAGGACGACUCGUACUGUCUGAUGGUGUUAGUUAUGCACACAAGGAUCUAAAAGCUAAUAUCAUUCUGGAUAUGGCAACAUUAACAGGUGCACAG